UCGUGCUGUGAGGACCUGAUACACACAAACACACUGACCGAUUCAUGUAUGAACGUAUGGAGUACACUUGCAUCUUUCUGUUGUGCGUCGCCGCUCUGAUGCCAGGGCGGUGGACCUGCUUUAAUAUUGACACCAGACAUGCAAAAAUCAUCAAGGGUUCGAAGGAGGCUCAGUUUGGAUAUACAGUUCAACAACACGAGGCAGACGGGCAGAAAUGGCUCCUGGUUGGAGCUCCCUUUGAGAGCAGCGGUGAACACCAGACAGGUGACGUCUACAGAUGUCCACUAGACGGCAAACCCGCCACAAACUGCACGCGACUGCAUUUAGGUAUCAUAUCACCCAUUAAUCUACCCAGCACUGUGUGUACAUGUCGUUGUCUAUGUAUUUAUAACAGAACACAAGCAUUCAAACACGGAGGUCGCCCAGACGCCAAGAAAGUCAUGAUUGUCAUCACUGAUGGAGAAUCGCACGACAGCCCAAACCUACGGAAAGUCGUGGAGGAAAGUGAGAAGGAUAAUAUCACCUUGUAUGGUAUUGCGGUUCUUGGCUACUAUAAUCGGCGAGGGAUCAAUCCUGAAGCUUUUCUGAGGGAAAUCAAGUUCAUCGCCACCGAUCCUGAGGAGCACUUCUUCAGCGUCACUGAUGAGUCUGCACUCAAGGAUAUCGUCGAUGCUCUGGGAGAGAAGAUCUUCAGCUUGGAGGGCACCAACCAGAACGGUACGGCCUUUGGUCUGCAGAUGUCUCAAGCUGGAUUUUCCUCACAUAUCGUAGAGGAUGGUAUUCUGGUUGGUGCCGUUGGGGCAUAUGACUGGAACGGAGCUGUUCUGAAAGAGACCCAUCAUGGUAAAGUCAUCCCACCCAAGUCCUCAUACAUGAAAGAGUUCCCAGAGGAACUGAAGAACCAUGGAGCAUAUCUGGGGUACAUGGUGUCAUCAGUCGUCUCGGCUCAGCACGGUCAGCUGUAUGUCGCUGGAGCUCCUCGAUUCAACCACACGGGGAAAGUUGUCAUCUUUACGCUGACCAACAGCGGCAACCUCACCAUACUGUACUCACUCUACGGACAGCAGAUCGGAUCGUAUUAUGGAAGUGAGCUGGCACCGAUUGAUCUGGAUGACGAUGGAUUGACGGAUCUUUUCCUUGUCGGAGCUCCCAUGUACUUCUACAAAGGGUGGGAGAAAGGCAGAGUUCACAUCUACACCAUCACCUUACAGGGCUCUUUAAUACCAGAUGGGACUCUUGGACCAUCAGAAAAGACCCAUGAUUCUCGGUUUGGCGCGGCCAUGUACACUCUUCCAGACUUGAAUGGCGACGGCUUCAGUGAGCUGGUAGUGGGUGCACCACUGGAGGACAAUCACAAGGGAGCCAUCUAUCUCUUCUACGGCCAACAAAACAGCAUCCAACCCAAAUACAAACAGAGAAUAGCCGCUGGUGACAUCUCUCCAGGUCUCCGUUAUUUUGGCCGCAGUGUGCAUGGGAUGAUGGAUGUGAAUGGAGAUGAGCUCAUAGAUCUCUCUGUGGGCGCUUUAGGUGCCGCAGUUCUGCUUUGGUCUCGCAGUGUCGUCCGUGUGGGGAUCAGCAUUCAUUUUGAGCCUUCGAAAAUCAAUGUUUUUAAUAAAGACUGCGUCCGAGGAAGUCGAGAGGUGUCAUGCAUGUUGGCCACCGUUUGCCUGAACAUCACGCCGCAGACACCGAUCACAGAUCCAAAAACAGUCGCGCUGAGGUACAGCUUUGGUUUCGAGGAGAGCAGAUAUUUCCCCAGAGCCGUGUUGGACAGCACUGAAGAGCCGCAGCCCCGUGACGUCACCCUGCGGCCGGACUCGGAUUACUGCCAGCAAGUGUAUUUCCAUGUUCAUGAAGUGACAGAUUACACACGACCCCUGAUCUUCAGUGUUACCGUAGGCCUGCAGAACGCAGAUGAAGGGCCGGUGCUUGACGACGGGUGGCCCACCAGUCUGCAGUCAGAGCUACCAUUCUGGAACGGUUGUGAUAAUGAUGAUCAGUGCAUUCCCAACCUCGUCCUGCAGAGCACCUCAGACCUAUUAGAUCGCAGGCAGUUCUGCGGGCGACGCGAGCGCUCCUCGUGGCCGCCGUGUGUCCAUCAGAGGACGAGCGGCGAGCGUCUGGUGGAGGCCAGCCGGAGGAAAGUGCUGGUGGAGGCGCGUUUAGAGAACCGGGGAGAAAACGCAUACGGCACGAUCCUGCACAUCACGCAUUCUCCAAACCUCCAGUUCUCCAGUCUGGUGCUGAAGGCACCUUCAGACAUUGCAAUCGAGUGUCCAAACUCUGAUGAUAUGAGCCUCUACCGAACCUGCAACAUCAGCGCGCCGUUCAUGAGGUCCUUUGCUCAGGUGUAUUUCCGACUGGAGUUUGAGUUCAGCAGAUCUGUCUUCUUGAACUACGUCCAGAUCACUCUGAGGGUCUCCAGUGAAGGUGAAGAAAUGUCUCCAGAGGACAACAUCAAUGACAUAUAUCAUAAUCUGAAAUAUGAAGCUGAUAUUCUCUUCACAAGAGAUUCCAGCCCGUCCCGUUUUGAGAUCAAACCUGAGCUUGGCCAGAGCCUCCCUGUUGGGACCAGACCGCCCUUCAAUCUGUCUUAUCAGAUCCAAAAUCUCGGCAUGUUUCCCGUAUCUGAGCUUCUCUUCACGUUAAACGUCUUCGCUGUGACCAGAAAUGCAAACGCUCUCCUGCGCCUCUCAGACUUGGAUAUUGAUCAGACGGCUGGCUCACACUGCAACGCUCCACGUGUCAUUACCGCCGGCUCGUCCUCUCAGGAAGAUCUCUCCCUCAACCCACACAUGAAUGCAUCCACCAGCGACACGUUAUUAGCGCAGUGUAUAAUCAACCUGUUUCCCCAAGGAGACGUUAGCAUCACCGCGACAGGAUGGCUCAAUCUGCAUUCUUUAUUAGCUGUGAAAUUGAAACGGUUAGAUCUGGUAAUGACGGCUGUAGUUGAGUUGAGCCCCUCAAGUCCGAUGUUCCUCCACGAGGAACGACCCAUGAGACACAUAAUCCUGGAGAUUAGGAAGGAGGAAGAUUACCGGAUUCCCAUCUGGGUGAUUGUUGGGAGCACAUUGGGAGGACUGCAGCUUCUGGCCCUGCUUGUACUGGCCCUCUGGAAGCUUGGAUUCUUCAGCAGGCGAAAGAGGGAAGAGCAGGCGACCAAUGAGAAGACAGCAGAGGAUCGGUAAUGCCGCGGCAACCUCCUCAGCCAAUCACUCAGGGACUCUCCAGAAACGGGUGUGUGUCAGCCAAUCAGCUGCUCUCGAGCACUGCCACGCCCUCCUGCAGUCCGAUGCAGAACCAAUCAGCUCGCUUCCCCUGGCCGUGCUGCCAAUUAAGACAGAAGAUGUGAAGAUGCGGUUUAUGAGGAAGAAAUUUCACGUAGUAUGAGACUUUGGAAACAGGUGGAAAGUCCUAGUCAACGGAAGAAAAAACACUAAUGAAGAGGCUUCGGUUUGAACCAUUUUGAGAGGUUUUGGUGCUGAUAAAUUUGUUGCAUUUCACGAAACAAACCUCAGAUUGUGGAACAGAAUCCUAAGACUUCUUUUGUUUGUUUGUUGCAGCAUAAAGUCAAGCUGAUGCACUUGCACAUUGUAAAGAAUUUUGAACUUGAAAUGUGUAAAUAUUAAAAAAAGUUCAGCAAUAUAAUGUAAAACUAUGAUACAAUAAAAUAUUUAACCAUGAACUUAUGCACCUUAAUGCAUUUGGUUGCAACAUCUGUUCAAGGUUCAUGUAUUUGAGAUAUUGUCAUAAUCACAAUUUUAUAUACAGUACAUUGCAGCUGGAAUUGGAAGUAUUGCUUCCAUGUGUAUUUCUGUGUUUUUCAUCAUUAAAGCUGGUAAAAGUGUUUAAGGAUAGUUGAAAUA